AUGGGCCGCGGGACAAGGUUUCUCUACGAGUCGUCGAGGCGGGGGUCGCGAUGCUGCGCCAGCCGCAUAGAUGAUACGUCUGAGCCAUACAAUAAAGGCACAAAGCCGAGAAGGCCACAGACAGACAUAUUAGAAAUAGGCAAGCUAGGCACCAUGUUUUUUAUAUGCGAGCGGUCGAACCUCAUAGCAUCUGAAAACCCCAAGAAGUGUCAUUACAAACCACUCGGCAAUCUGCUUGUACCCAUCAUGCGCCCUCCUCUUCUCAGCCCCCAGGUGGCGUGGCCAGAUCAGACCACGAUCCCCCUCUCCUCGCCAUAUGAUGCCAGGCAAUUUGGGAGAUGGACAAGUUCCUUUGAGAUGUGCGCCAGUGCCUGCUUUCCCGCUCAGCAUACAAAGACCCGAGUGCGUUGCCGCGCCCGUGGCCGGCCCGACCUGCUGGAGCCUGGGUCGGCCUGUCUGGCGACAGAGCCAGCUACCGCUGGUACGUGCAUCUAUACUUAA